CUCCGGGCUGCACGUGGUGCCGCCGCCGCCUCCUCGUCCGGGGCUGUCGGGCUGCCGAGCGGCCGCGGCGAUCUCUGGGCGGGAGAGAAGCUCCGCGUGCCGGAGGCGGAGGCCGGGCGAGGGGGCUGCGGGGACUGGGCUUUUCAGGGCGAGCGGAGAGGCGCCGCCAGGCAGGUGCCGAGGCCGGGGAGCCGCUCCCCGCCCCCGCCGACCCGGCCUGGGGCUGGCAGACGGAAAGCCUGCCCCACCUUUGGGCCAGAGCGGCCGGGGCGGGUCUCCUUGGCUUGAAAAGCCCGAGAGCCAGGUUGCCACGGAGGCCCGCAAGGCCGGCUUCGGCUCUCCCGGCUCUUCUCGGGGACGAAAUGCCCGAGGCGGGAUCCGGGUCAGCUCAGGAAGAGCCGGGAUGGGGCCGGGCUCGAAGGCGAGGAAGAUGAGUUUGUCAAGAAGACAACACUGGCAGACUCUUGUACAGACGACUCCAGCACCUGAUUUCCCCCUGUUUUUCUGUCCAGGGGAUCCUCGACUGAUGACCACAAGGGAGUCCAAAACUUCUGGGCACUACACAUCAAGAAGGAUUCAAAGAAAAUUUGGCAUGUUCAGAGAAGGACUAUGAUCAAGAGACUAGAAAUUAAAUCCGAAGGAGACAGUGCAGCAGCCAGAUAGCCCUGGACGUCUCUGGGUGCCCCAUGGAGGCCUGCCGAGGGGUGCUGGUGGCCUGGGCUGUUAGCCUCCUGACAGGAUGUUGUCACACCUUCAACAUCGAUACAAAGAAGGCAAGAAUUAUCCCAGGCUCCAGAGAAGCAUACUUCGGCUACACAGUUCAACAGCAUGAGAUCAGUGGGAAGAAAUGGCUAGUGGUAGGAGCUCCAUAUGAGAUCAAUGGUCCCCAGAAAACAGGAGAUGUCUACAAGUGUUCAGUGAACGGCAAGGCCAACAGCACAUGUUCCAAGCUCAAUCUAGGAAGAGUAACUCUUUCCAAUGUGUCGGAACGAAAGGAUAACAUGCGCCUGGGUCUCAGCCUAACUACCAACCCCAAAGACAACAGCUUUUUGGCUUGCAGCCCUCUGUGGUCUCAUGAGUGCGGAAAUUCCUAUUACACCACAGGCAUGUGCUCCAGAGUGAACUCCAACUUCAGAUACUCCAAGUCAGUGGCUCCAGCUCUCCAGAGAUGCCAGACAUACAUGGAUAUAAUUAUAGUACUGGAUGGAUCUAACAGCAUCUACCCCUGGGCAGAAGUUCAAAAUUUCCUGAUAAGAAUCUUGAAGAAAUUUUAUAUUGGACCGGGACAAAUACAGGUUGGAGUUGUCCAAUAUGGAGAGGAUGCUGUCCAUGAAUUUCACCUGAAUGAUUAUAGAUCUGUAAAGGAUGUGGUAGAAGCUGCUAAACGCAUCGAGCAGAGAGGGGGUACUGAAACCCGAACAGCCUUUGGAAUAGAGUUUGCUCGCUCGGAAGCAUUUCAGAAAGGAGGGCGGAAGGGCGCAAAGAAGGUUAUGAUUGUUAUCACUGAUGGAGAGUCUCACGACAGCCCAGAUCUUGAGAAGGCAAUUGAAGGCAGCGAGAAAGACAAUGUCACCAGAUACGCCAUUGCAGUCCUUGGUUAUUACAACAGAAGAGGGAUCAACCCUGCAGCUUUUUUGAAAGAAAUCAAAUAUAUAGCGAGUGACCCAGACGAAAAACAUUUUUUUAAUGUCAGUGAUGAGGCUGCCCUUAAAGAUAUUGUGGAUGCUCUUGGAGAGAGGAUUUUCAGCUUAGAAGGCACCAACAAAAAUGAAAUAUCCUUUGGCCUGGAAAUGUCCCAGACUGGAUUUUCAUCCCAUAUUGUGGAAGAUGGGAUUCUGCUUGGAGCCGUGGGUGCCUAUGACUGGAAUGGUGCCGUCCUCAAGGAGACCAGCAGUGGCAAAGUUGUUCCUCACCGAGAAUCCUACCUUCAAGAGUUUCCAGAUGAACUGAAAAAUCACGGGGCCUAUCUUGGCUACACCGUCACCUCGGUGGUGUCCACCAGACUCAGCAGGACUUACGUAGCAGGAGCCCCUCGAUUCAACCAUACUGGAAAAGUGAUUGUUUUCACAAUGCACACAAAUCGAAGCCUCACCAUCCACCAGUCACUGACCGGAGAGCAGAUCGGUGCCUACUUUGGAAGUGAAAUCAGUUCGGUAGAUGUUGAUGGGAACGGAAUCACAGACAUUCUGUUGGUCGGGGCUCCCAUGUAUUUCAGUGAAGGGCGAGAGAGGGGAAAGGUCUACAUUUACAGCUUAAAAGAGAACCAGUUUGUUCCCAAUGGAGCUUUGAAGGACUUGCCCGGCUAUCAGAAUUCCAGGUUCGGGUCCUGCAUUGCCACUGUACCUGAUUUGAACCAGGAUUCCUACAGCGAUGUAGUUGUGGGAGCACCUCUGGAGGAUGAGCAUCAGGGAGCUCUGUACAUCUUCUAUGGUUAUCGGGAAAAUCUGAUCCGGAAAUAUAAGCAGAGAAUUGCAGCUGCUGAUCUUUCUCCUGGCUUUAUGUAUUUUGGGAGCAGCAUCCAUGGAAGCCUGGAUAUGAAUGAAGACAAGCUGGUGGAUCUUGCUGUGGGCUCCCGUGGAAGUGCUGUCCUAUUAUGGUCCCGCAGUGUGGUCCAAAUCAAUGCCACCCUCCAGUUUGAGCCUUCCAAAAUCAACAUCUUCACCAAGGACUGUGUUCGGAAUGGAAAAGAGGCCACUUGUCUGUCAACCUUUGUUUGCCUCACUGCUGUUUUUCUCUCAGCUCAUUUUCAGACAGCUCAUGUAGCAUUGGAUUACAACCUCACCAUUGAUGAACGACGAUAUAUCCCACGAGCCCAUCUGGAUGAAAGUGGAGAUCGACUUGCCCACAAAACAGCCACCCUGCUUGCCGGGCAGGAACAUUGUGACAAGAUGGAUUUCCAUGUCUUGGAUACAGCUGAUUAUGUGAAGCCAGUGACUUUCUCUGUUGAUUAUGCCCUAAAUAGUCCUGAGACUGGACCAGUGAUGGAUGAUGGGUGGCCAACUUCACUGAAAGUUGCUGUACCAUUCUGGAACGGAUGCAACGAAGAUGAGCACUGCAUCCCUAAUUUGGUUCUCGAUGCUAAAACAGAUGUCCCCACUGCAAUGGAAUAUUGCAGACGGGUCCUGAGAAAAUCUCACUCGGAUUGCUCCGCCUACACGCUGUCUUUUGAUACCUCCAUUUUUGUCAUAGAGAGUGCCAGAAGGAGGGUAGCAGUAGAAGCCCUGCUGGAGAACAGAGGAGAAAAUGCAUAUAACACCAUUUUAAACAUUUCCUUCUCAAGAAACCUGCAAUUUGCAAGCUUGAUUCAGAAGGAUGACCCAGACAUUAAUAUAGAAUGCAUGUCUGAGGAGAAACAUUCAAACAGCAGAGUUUGCAAUGUCAGCUACCCCUUCUUCCGGGCCAAAGCAAAGGUUGCUUUUCGCUUGGAUUUUGAGUUCAAAAAGUCAAUUUUCCUCCAAAACCUGGAGAUAUUUUUGAAUGCCAGCAGUGACAGUGAAGAACAAGAAAGCACGAAAGAGGACAAUUUUGCUCUCCUCAAGUUUCAGCUGAAAUAUGAAACUGAUCUCCUUUUCACCAGAGGUUCCAGCCAGAACUAUUAUGAGAUUGAACCCAACAAUUCUCUACAGACAUACGAUAGAAUCGGCCCACCAUUUAAUUGCACUUUUAAGCUGCAAAAUCUGGGCCUAUUUCCUGUAGAUGGGAUAGUUAUCAAAAUCACAGUCCCAGUGGCCACACGAGGAGGGAAUCGCCUUCUGCAGCUAAGAGGCUUCCAUGCACCAGAGAAUGGUAUGAUGUGCAAUAUUGGAGGCAAUGACACAGACUAUCGAAGGACACCCUCGGAUGAGGAUUUAGGCCGUCAUCCCCAGCUGAAUUACAGUAAUUCUGAUGUGAUUUCAAUCGACUGCAGUGUGAAUCUGGCUGCCAAUGAAGAAGUCAGCUUUCUCUUAUAUGGAAAUUUGUGGAUGAGGACCCUAAGAGUGCUGAAAUUCAAGACCUUCAGAUUCAUCUUCAAUGCUGCCUUGCAGAGAGGGUUUCGUAGUGCCUUUAUCUUCAGAGAAGAGGAUCCUAGUCGCCAGAUUGCAUUUGAGAUCUCCAAGGUCGAAGAGUCCCACAUCCCCAUCUGGAUUAUAAUUGGGAGCACGUUAGGUGGUUUCCUGCUGCUGGCACUGCUAGUGCUGGCCCUCUGGAAGCUUGGUUUUUUUCAAAGCGCCACCCACAAGAGAGAUGCAAGCCAGGAUCAGACUGCCAAAGAUUUGGACUAAGGUUUCCAUUGUCCUGAGCAUACCAGCUGGUCUUUUUCUCACAAAUAAGUUUACUUUGCUGUAUAGCCAGUUUCCUUUUGCAUUGAUCAAUUUCCCAGUUACCUGAAAGCAACCCAGCUGCUAAGUGUUACCCUGCAAAGGAGAAGCCUCCACCAGCAAGGACUUCAAACUAAUUUUGUUUCCUUCUGCUUAAGAUAUUGGAACUAUACAAUAAGGACAGGAAGAAAGUAGAUCCACAAGGAGCAGCUUUCUCUUUAAAAUGAUCUACUUUGGCCACAAGACUGAGGGAACAGAUGCCAAAAGACUCCAAUCCUUUACUGCACGUGCAAGAUUGUUUGGGAUGAUACGUUUUUCAGUCUGCACUUUCAUUGGGGAAACUUUGCUCCUAAAAUAAAAAGGAGUGGAAAGUCUAGAUACUUGAGCUUUCACUUUCCUUCAUUCAAGCUGUCAAGGAUGAACAGGUCAGGCAUCUGCAGUGCACUUCCCUAAAAACAAAUCAAGUUGCUAUAAUAAAAUGUUUUAUUCCGGAUUACUUAAGAGACCUACAAAUCUUGCUGGACAAAAGUUGAUGCUUUCAAAUGAGAUCUGCACACCUUCUGAGCACAAACUGAGAUCACUAGAACUAAGUGGAGAUUAAUUUGCAGAGGGGCACAAGUAGCAGGUAUCUGAAGAGCAAAGAAAAUGGGUAGAGGUGAUCAGUAAUCAUGUUACCAGAUUAUAUUUGCAAGGGUAUCAGUAAAACCAGGCGCCCGAUGGUUUGGAAGGCCCAGGCUGAUGAUACAAUGUACUGGAUGCUGCUUCUGCGCACAGACUCCUGUUCCUUCUCAAAGCCAGAAGCACAGAAGUGUUCACAAAGAGGAUGCAGCCAACAACCCACCAGCUUUUUUGUGGAGAUCUUUUUAUAUGCACUGAACAAAUACCCAUAAUUAUAAGCACCUUAAUGCAAAUCUUCAAUCCUCAGCUGUAUAUACUCAUUUAGAAAAUGUUUAACUUUCUUAUUUUUAAGGUGACUUUAAGAAAAGAAGACCAGUUUGAAGAAUUUUCCCCAAGUUGUGCAAUUUCCAAAAUCAACAAGUGAGGAAAAAUGUUAUAUAUGUAUAUACUUCUGUAUAUUGGAAAGGGUUUAAUUGACUAUUUUUCUUCUUUUGCAUAUACUUAUUUAUGCCAGUGUUAAUAUUGAUAAGUGAAAAUGAGAUAUUGGUUCAACGGAAUUCAAUAACACAAAAUGUACCAUUAGGGUUGUUUUUUUUUUUAAGAAUAGGAAAAAAAAAGUUUAAAAUGUUUAAAUAUUCUCCUUUGUCUACAGCCAGUUUUAAUGCAUUAUAAAUAUAACUUUCCCAUUCAGGUGAAUACUACACAUCCAGCUCUGACGUUCAGUGGAAGAAUCUCGUUACUCAACGAGUUAACAGUUGCAAGAGGCUGUAGCUGAGCAACUUGAAGCCCUCAAAAGCCAUGAGGUUUCUUGGCACCCUGUUAAGAGUUGUCACCAGACCUCAUCCUUAAUGUAAAAGAAAAGUGGGGGCUAUUGUAUGAUAGAAAAUAGCCCUAUUAAUUGCAGUGAAUUUCACAUUUAAUUCAAAUCGACAUUAGUUUUCUGUCCACUUUGGGGCUUGAAGCAUAAAAAAAUCAAGUGGACCCUUGACUGACUCUUUCAAAAAUCUACUCCCUCAUAUCAGGACAUUUUAGUGAUGACGUGAAGCUGUUGCUUUCACAGAUGGUGGUGUAGAGGUAGGUAGGUCUCCUUAGAAGAAGAAACAAAAUGGACUCUUAAGACCAACUGUCACAGUUGUAUUUUUCUAAUUUGCUUUGUGCAGGAGUGGUAGUUUUUCUUCUUCAAGACAAGCUAGAAAUAUUUCAAAUAAAUUCCAUUUGGAUAGAUAUUCUGCCUACAUUCUGGUUUGUAUGGUUGAAUACUGUUUAUUUCUGCCAUGCUGUUUCUCUUUCUUUGGCCCAGUAUGGUUUUGCUCGUUCCUUUGAUUGUUGGAAUAUUUUAAGCCUGAACAAGAAACUGCCUUAAAAACCUUAGGUGGCUAAUACUUCAUUUUAUACAUUUGUUUUCCAUUUUCCAUCAAACAUAGCUGCAAGUGGAGGAAAUAUCAAGACAAAUCAGGUUGCGGAGUGGAAUCCUAACAAAUGAACCCUUAAUACCGUCAUGCAACCAUAUUCCACUGAAGCACAUGGAGCAGAGAGGGCUUCCCUCUCUGCCUCUGUUGCAUCUGCAUAGGCUGGCAAUCCUCUUCCAGGGUGAGGCACUCCCUCCAUCCUGGGAAAAGUGCAGCAGAAGAAUGAGCAGCCCACCGGAAGCAAUUUUCCCAAUUUUUGGGGGCAGGAAGGCCAAUCCGAUGUACUUCGAUUCAACUUCCAGCGAUGGGACAAGUCAUAAGGAAGCCCUGUCCCUGGAGAUUCUCAGGCCAUGGUUGUCCCACAGGUGCUUUUUCAAGAGGCAACUGCACUUUCUUUGUUUUUCGCUUCUCAGAACUGAAGAGGUUUCCUGGAUGAGAAGCGAAAUGUCUGCAAGGAAAAACCAAGGAAGUCCAGUUGCCUCUUGAAAACGCAUCUUUGGGGAAGCCUUGGAAACUUUUCCCAUGUUAACAGUGAUUCUUUUCAGCUUUCAAGGAGACAGACUAAGCAUGCGUCCAUCGACUCUCCCGGUUGAUCCAACUGAUCAGUCCAGGACUGUUCCCCAUGGUUGUAGACGACUGUGGCAUCCUUAAGUGAUACCUGCCUUCCCGCUUACUCAAGAGGCAGCAAUAUCCUGGACCGUUAAUGACUUUCUGUUCCUGGGUGAAGCAGUUAAGAGGCUGGUGGCCUCAUAGCUUCAGAGGCAUCUGAUUGAAACUAAUUGUCUGGAGAUUUCAAUGGGAACUUCACUCAGGUUAUGGUACUGGGACUGUUUUGGUAAUCCUGGUGAAUCCUAUGCCACAAACUAGAAGUUCUCUUGGUAGUUAGCAGUCCUGAACAUGACUUAAAUUCAACAAUAAGCAUGCUGAGGGAGAACAAGCUGCAAUUAAAUCCAGACGGGGCAGAGGUGCUAGUUGUAAGGAAAAAAAGAUGUGGAGAUUCAAGAGAGACGUGCUGCACUCCUCCUGAAAGGGCAGAAUUGUAAUUUGGAAUGCUGCUUGACCCUUCAAGUGAUCCUGGAUUUGCAAGUGAGAACACAUUUUCAAGGCACAACUAAUGCACCCAAACAAUUCUUCUUUAACUAGUCAAAAUUAGCAACUGUUAGUCCAUAUUUUCGUUACAACCUGGCUUGAGUACAUCAAGCUUUACAUGGAGGUAUUUUACCACCGAUUUAGAUUCUGCUUUGGAUUUUAACUGUAUUGUUUACAACUGUAUCUUUAACUGACACAAGUCAUUUUAAAUGUGGUAGUAGAUAAUAAAUCAACAUACUGGUAGCUCCUACUGACCUCACAGUGGCUCACAACGUACAUACAAUAGAAUGGGAGUCAUCAUCUUACCUUUUGGUUCAAUACUAUCAUAAUAUGGAAAAGAGAGAAAGAAUCUCAAGACAUAGCCAAAAUUGAAUGGCAGCUGAUUCAGAGCAACCCACAAAUCACUUCUUUACCCAAUUCCUGCCUUCCAAAAUGGAUUAGAUAUGUAAUGGAUUAGAUUGUAAUAUAUUCUUCAGAUGAAAAGAGGCAGAACAUAUCUCCAAGUCUUGAACUAGACACUGGGAAUCAAAAACAGGAGGACACUUUCCUCCUAUGGCUGCAUAGGAAGACAAAAUAUUCUUGAAACAAACAGUAAUCUACAGUUGACUGUAAGCCAUUUACAAUCUGAAAGGCAAAGGAUAUCAGUCACAUUUUAGCCUAACAGCUCACAAAAAGUUCACUGCUUGUACCGCUAUUUUUCAGAUCUAAUCUGUUCAGUGAAAUUUCUUGGGACAACCUUGGUAUUAUGUUCAUUCCAAGCCUUUUACUUGUGCUUAAAAGAAAUACCAUAAUUACACAGUUAAUUAAAUUAGACUAAAAUAAAAAAUAACCAUGUAUAUAUUUAUAAAAUUUUAACCCAGUUUUCAUUGUUAAAAAUAAACUCCAUGGUCUGGUUUGCCAACACGUACUAUAAAAGUAGGACCAUGCAUUGACAGUCUUUACAAUUUGCAUUGUUAUGGCUUUGAAGAAGUUGCUGAGCUGCUGAACCAGUUCUCUGAUACACAGCUAAUGAAUUGCAGCAUGAAGACAAGACAACAAAUUAGUUUUAUUUCACAUCAUUUGAUGUGACUAUUUCUUUCAACCAUCAUUUGACAAACUACAAUGGCAUGUUUCCAAAAAAAAUACUGCAAUUUAUAAAUAAUAAUCACUGCUUUCAUUAAAAAAAGCCCAAAACAAAGAAAUUGUAUUAUAGUUUAUCAUUGAAUUCUAGAGUUGGAAGAGGUCACUGAGGCUCAAACCCUGCUCCAUGCAGGCAUCCACUGGGUGUUCUUCAAAACUACUUUCCUCCCCUGGAUUAACACAUGCUUGCCAUUUGUAAACAUCUUAGUGCAGUGGUUCUCAACCUUUCUAAUGCCCUGACCCCAUAAUACAGUUCCCCAUGUUGUGGUGACCCCCAACCACUUAUACAUCACCGGGUGCCAGGGGCAUGGCCAAAGAAAAGGGGGAAAAAAUGGCGGACAGCCUUGUUUGGCGACCCCCGUGAAAUGGUCGUUCGACCCCAAAUGGGAUCCCGACCCACAGGUUGAGAACCACUGUCUUAGUGACUUACAAAACUAUUGUUGCAACGUACAAAGUAGUGGAUUAAUAGGGAAGAAGGCAGAUACAACAAUCAGAAAUAGAGGCAAUGCAUGUUUUGUAUCUAUUUUUGAAAUAGAUACAAAAUAUUUUGUAUCUAUUUGAAAAAUGGAAGUUUAUAUGCAAUGGGCGGAAUUGACUUCUCUCUGAAAAAUAUUAUGCCCUUACUGAUGUCAAACAGGUAGCAGUAACAAAUCAUCUUUGCAACGUAACAAAUUAGAAUUAAGACCUGGUUUCACAUUCAAGAUUUUAUUUGUAGUACAAAGACAUACACCUGUGCCCAGAAUGUCUUUUCGAAUAGAACUGACACUUUUAAAAAAAUGACAGACCGUUCUUCCACAUUUUGACAAAGUGACAUUUAAAAUAAUGGCAAGUGCUUCCAAAGACCUGUCAAAAAUCUAGCCCUAGGCUGCUGACAUUUUUGCCAAAGAUGCUUUCCCAGGUCAAACGUUUUUCACACAAUCGAGUUACUACGAAAAAUUAAUUAGAUGGCUUUGGGAGGAAGGCAUUUUUUGGGGGAGAGGGAGCCAUGAUCAAUAGACUGAAAACACAACAUUAUUUUCAGAGCAGGACAACGUCAUUUAUUCUUCGCUGAUCCUUCCUAAUACAGUUUUCAAAUAUUAUUUCUAAAAAAAUAUGAGCUCAUCUUUUGAAAAAAUCCGUGCUUGCCAGCUAGUUGGAAGAUAGUAGGAAAACGCAAUUCAGAUAAAAUUCUAGAUGAGGGGGGUCUAUCCAAAACCACCAUGCUUACCCAUACACACAUAAAUACCAACAGCAUUUUUGCAUGUCACUCAACUGAAAAAAUACUUCUGCAUAAAGAAUUGAGUUGGAAGAGUUGUAUUAUUUUUUUUUCUAAGAAUCAGUGAAAAAUAUACUAUUAACAAUCCCAUUCUCUUGUCUGAAUUUCUGUCUGAUGGGAAAUAAUCAGUUAUUUUCAUUUCAUUGCAAGCAGAAAUUAGAAACAAAAGUUACUGAUAUCGGUGGGAAUGGAAAAACGUUAAAAAA